AUGUGUCACGAGGAGGAGGUCCGGCAAGUGCAGCAAUUGAGUAAGAAGUAUGUGAAGGCGGUGGGGAAGUUGGAGGCGGAGAAGGAGAGAGGAAAGGCGGUGGCCGAGUUGAACAGCGGCGGAGGAGGAGGUGGGUUUUGGUGGGAUGAGAGUGUUGAGGGAUUAGAGAUGCAUGAGCUUGAGCAGUAUGUGGCUGCAUUGGAAGUUCUUAAGAGUAACUUAUUGGCUAGGGCUGAUGAGAUGGCGGUGGCAGCGAGUGGUUUUCCAGCGAAUUUCUUGGCUUCCAACGGUGUUGUGGUGGCUGAUGCUUUUGGUAGUGCUGAGUGCAGUGGUUUUGGUUUUGAUUGUAAGCCUUUCUAA